AUGUUCGGUAUUUUGUCAAUACUUGCCCUUUUGGGAGCAAAGUUUUCUCGUGCCCAGAUCGAGUGUUACUACGACGGAAAUGACUUUUGCGUUAGUCGAGACGAUAUUAUGUCGAUGGAUUUGAUGCCGGGAUCAAUUUUACUUAUGGACACGAAAACGAAGAAAAACAAUAAUUCGAACGAUAAAUUUGACAAUCUCACCGUUGAUGGAACUAUGGACAGCGCCCUGGACGAAAUGGACUUUCACAGAAAAAGAAUGAACGAGUAUCUCUGUCACGGUUUCAUGGCUGAAGAAAUAUUCCGUGAAAUGAGAACAAAUCGCGUUAAAAGAGGGCCGGACAUUCGGAAAUCGCACCCGAAUUCAUUGCCUGAUUUUUUCGACGAGCCGAAUCCUGAGGAUUCCGAUAACGACGAUUACAACGAUAUUGGGAACUCUAAUGCCGGCGACAACGUGACGAUUCAGCAUAAAUUACUUUCCGACGAGGGCAGCUCGAAGUACAAAGAUUGGCUGCAACGAACAACCACUCUCGAUGACGUUUAUCGCCAUUAUGCGCCUUCCAAAAAAAUGAGAAAAAAAGUGAGCAGUCGAUACCCCCAACGCGGUACUUCGGUCCUGCAAGCUCACAAUAUCGAAGAAUUUGAUGGCGAGGUUACGGGUUAUGCGAUGCCGGCCCCCAUAUCCCCGGAUAAAACUUAUUACGACGCUCCCGAUGAACACUUGUCGCCUUCAUCGACCGGGCACAGUUACCAGUACAGUGGACACGAACAUUACCCUCCGAGCAAUCACCAUCAUCACCAGCCGGAAAUAGUGCCAAUAAUCCAUGAAGAACAUUAUUACGAACAGCCGAGUCAUCACUACGAUGACGAAUAUUGGCACAGACCAUCUUAUCAUGGCAAAGAAAAAAGCCACGAACUGACGAUCAGAGAUUUUUUCGAGAUCGCGCUUACUGCACUCGCUUUUCUUGCGUUUGGUCUCUUCAUUAUUCAACUGCUGAUGAACAUCACGCAAAAUCCUAAUACAACAACGGCAGCGCCUAUCGUCGCCGAUGCUGAUGGAACGAGAUUCAAAAGGGACGCUCAAUUUUACGGGUACAUGAACUACGGGAACGAGGAUUUGAACGAAUUAUCUUACAGAGUGCUGAAGUCGAUCGAGGCUGCUAUGGUCGCUGAAAGAGACUCCGGUCGGUGUCUUCGAUGGUCACUUUGCAACGAUAAUCGUCACUCGAGAAAGUCAACUGGACCACGAAAAAUCUGGCUUCCGGUUUGGAGCUUGGGCAUGAGUUGGGUGUCAGGCAGAAUUCUGAACACACGAGCUUGGCCGACGAUGCUCGAGUCUAUAAAAGCGUCGGUAUUGGGUCUCGGUGGUGCUGACUGUUCAUCUCUGUAUCCCAACUGCGAUCUUGCAAGUGAACGCAUUAAGCGACGUCGACGAAGAAGAAAAUGA